UGCUGGGUCCACAGUGUGACAUGGGUCCCUGUACCGCCUCCCAUUGCUCCCACUCUGCCAUGUGCCACUUUCAGGUCUCCUCACACUCCUGCUGGUUUCCAUUUUGUCAUAGGUUGCUGGCAGAUUACAGGCCUCCCAUAGGUGCUGCCAGGCCCCAAAUCUGCCAUGGGCCCCCGUACCACCUCGUCACGCUGCUGCUGGGUCCACAGUGUGACAUGGGUCCCUGUACCGCCUCCCAUUGCUCCCACUCUGCCAUGUGCCACUUUCAGGUCUCCUCACACUCCUGCUGGUUUCCAUUUUGUCAUAGGUUGCUGUAUGGCCUCACAUUGCUGCUGCCUCCACCGCCACACUGUGGCUCCAAACACUGGUUUUGGCCCCGUGACUGGCCAAAUGAGUGA